CAUAAACCAGGCCGCCAGAAACACCGCCAUCUCUCGUGCAACAAACCAACAACAAGACACCGUCUUGCGACUCUGAACCGAUGACGAAAGAAAUGGCGACCAUCUCUCUUCGCCAAUCAAUGGGACGCAAUGCCGAGGUUGACGCGCCUGCAUGUGAGAGCGAGAGCUGAGGACGAGCUUGCCCCUCUUCUGUUCGCCCAGGGGAUCCGCAUGUCUUUGUGACACCGUGUAGAGGGAAAGAGGCCGACCUUUUCCUUUGGCCCCCUAGCGUUUUACACAUUCCCCCGAAUCUAUAGUGUAUCAAUCAAUUCACCAUGUCGGCCGCCGCCACAAUCAUUCGGCUCCAGAACCUCGUGUCGCUCAGCGUAUCGCACAUUGCGUUGAACCCCGUCAUUACCGCCUCCCUGCUCUGGAUCCUCACCAAGGGGCCCGAGAGUGUUAAGGAGUUCCUCGUCAGCCGGAGCGCCUCGCUCCGGGACCCUGUGCGCUUUGCGAAGAUUGUAAGGACGCUCAAGACGCUCCUUGUAGUUGGACUCCUGGGGAAAGUCAACAAGCAGCUGAAUACCAUUGCGCUGAAUGCAUGGAGGCUCAAGAGUGAGAAGAAGAGGUGGAAAUUGACACAGGAGAUUGCUGUUGUAACGGGAGGAUGUAGUGGGAUUGGUGAAUUGACGGUCAAGGGACUGUGGAAGAAAAGUGUGAAGAUUGUUAUACUGGAUAUUCAGGAUCUACCCUCUGGUCUGCAGAAUACUGGGAACAUUCACUACUUCAAGUGCGACAUCACAGACCCUGCCGCUGUGCGCGAGACCGCGAAGCGCAUCCAAGCUACAGUCGGCACCCCCUCUAUUCUCAUCAACAAUGCGGGCAUUGGCGGUGCACACGCGAUCCUGGACACAUCGGACGAGUACCUGAGGAAGAUAUUCGAUGUCAACCUGCUCAGCAAUUGGUACACAGUCAAGGCCUUUUUGCCGGACAUGAUAGCAAAGAACAAGGGACACAUUGUCACAAUCGCCAGCACAGCCAGCUACGCUGGCGUUGCCGGCAUGGUCGAUUAUACCGCCACCAAGGCUGGCGUUCUGGCCUUCCACGAAGGUCUCAACCAAGAACUCCGCCUCCGCUAUCACGCUCCCAACGUACUUACCACGUCCAUUCACCCCAACUGGGUCAAGACGCCGCUUAUUGGCGAGUGGGAAACGGCCCUCCGCGUGGCGCAGCAACCCAUCAUCGAGCCGCAGGUGGUUGCCGAUGCGGUUGUCAAGCAGAUUGCCAGUGCUACUGGUGGCCAGGUCUUCUUGCCCAAUACCGUAAGCACCGUGAGCCAUUUGCGCGGGCUGCCGAAUUGGUUUCAAGAAGCUUUCAGGGCGACGGUGGGAAGUGUCAUUGUGAAGAGCUUGAAGUAGGGGAAAGCUUAAGGGGAAGGUUGGGGUUGUAGUGUACUUUGGAUGUAUAACCGAGGAGCGCAGAUUGAAGCGCAGGAGCUGAGGGGUAGAUAAUGCUUAUAAUGAAUGUUUUCUUCUGAC